AUGUCAGUUUUCCUUCAUCUGCUGACACUGAUCCUAAUAGCGUCCAUAACAGCGACUUUGCAGGCCACAAAAACCAAAGACUUAAAAGGAGAUGACAUCAAUGUUUUCCUGACUAUGGCAUGGCAGGUUGCCGGCCACCUCCGUCCUAACUCCAGCUGCUAUGUCUGCGCUCUAAUGCCCUACACAGCUGCGGAGGGCUUACCUCUCAUGGCUUUACCCGCCUCGGACUGUGACACCUGUCACCUGAUGCAUAUUCACCUCGCUAACCCUUAUUCUCAUCCUGAUUGUCCCAACAUUAAAAUGAGACCCCUGGACUGUACCAACGGGCAUGGGAAUUGCAACAGGUGUGUCCAAAAACCAAAACCAGUUCCCAUAGUGAUAAUUCCACGGAAGUUUACUUGGUGUCUUGAGAAUGAUGGCCAGACGCCAGUAGGGUAUUCAGACUGCCUUAGUACAUUUAAAUGGAGUCCUGGACGAACCGGGACCGAGUGGAAAUCUCUGAAUUCUGCUCCUCACCAGUGUUUGGAGGCAGCGGGAGAGGCUCGGCUCAGUGCUUUAGCUCACCGCACUGCCAGCUGCUCCAUCUCCUCUCCUGUAGGCAUGUACUGGGUCUGUGGGAAUCUGGCAUACCCGUAUCUGCCGGCGGACUAUAAAGGCCGGUGCGGCUUGGCAUACGUUGUCCCGGCUAUGAGAGUGGCACACUCUCUGCCAAAGAAGCUGCCUGCUACCAGAGCCCGGCGAGGAGUUUCAGAUAUUUUUGGGACACGGUCCAUCUCUUUGGCCAGCUCCUCUUUCCUCAUCUCUGCUAUGGUCCUGGGCCCUUUCCUCUCUUUGGAGCCUGUCCUUGGGCUUGCCAUGCUCCACCACCUCCACUGCCAGGCUGCCACGAGGGGAAGCUGGCUCCUGUGCUUGGUUGCCAUCCCCCUGCAUGCUGAGGAGAUGGGGGAGGCCGUGAAGGAGAGCCCAUCGGUGGGAAAGAAGGAGUUGUUCCUGUUGGAGUGGUGGGCUUGCUGGAGAAGCCAGAACCUCCUGGCAAAAAAAAGGUAG